AUGUUACUCCCUAAAGGUGGUGUUAAUUGGAAGUCGGCUCGGUCAAGGUUACCGCCAUGGCGAGCUGUCCUUAUCUUGUUAACCCGCACCCGGUUCCUGGUAUCGAUUGCCGUUGUCGGGUUGGUGGUCCUGCUCUGGCGUGGUAUUAGCAGUUCUGCUGCAGAGAUGCAAAGCUUCUACUGCUAUGGACCCUCAAAAUCACCCAUGCACAUGACAAUCAACGAGAUGAACGAGUGGAACGCCCAUUUACAGACCCCUGUCAACUUUAACCAUCAUGAACCAUACGACGUCAAUUCGACGUCAGUAUCUUUUAUUAACCUCAACCCCAUCAAGACCACACCAAACGCUGCCGCCAACGGAGAACGUGUACUGAUUCUUACGCCGCUGCGCGAUGCCGCCCCUUAUCUCCCGAAAUACUUCGACCUUCUUUCUAUAUUGACCUACCCUCACGACCUGAUCGAUCUUGCUUUCCUCGUUGGUGACUCGACGGAUGACACUCUUGGAGUGCUCAGCUCAGAACUUAACCUUAUCCAGAGCCAGGUGGAACAAAAGGUCGCCUUUCGUAGCGCUACGAUAAUUCAGAAGGACUUUGGCUCCGACAUUGAAAUGAAUGUCGCGGAAAAGCACUCCUUUGAAGCCCAAGGACCUCGUCGAAAGUCGAUUGCGCGAGCUCGAAACUUUCUUCUUUACUCCGCUUUGAAGCCUGAUCACUCUUGGGUGUAUUGGAGAGAUGUCGACAUUGUUGACAGUCCGGAGAAGAUUCUGGAGGACUUUAUGGCUCACGACAAGGACAUCCUCGUUCCAAAUAUCUGGUUCCAUCGGUAUGAGAACGGACAUGACAUCGAGGGCAAAUUCGACUACAACUCGUGGAUCGAGUCUGACAAAGGUCGUCGGCUGGCAGAAUCCCUUCCCAAAGACACAAUCUUGGCCGAAGGUUACAAACAAUACGACACUGGCCGUACAUAUCUAGUGAAAUUGGGUGACUGGCGAAACAACAAAGACGAAGAGGUUGAGCUUGACGGAGUAGGUGGAGUGAACAUUCUAGUGAAAGCUGAUGUCCACCGAGCUGGUAUCAACUUCCCGGCUUAUUCCUUUGAAAACCAAGCCGAAACCGAAGGUUUCGCCAAGAUGGCCAAACGGGCUGGCUAUCAAGUUGUCGGUCUCCCUAACUACAUCGUCUGGCACAUUGAUACCGAAGAAAAGCCCGGAAAUCUCGGCGGACGCAAAGCAUAUUAA